AUGGAGCAGCCUUAUGUGUACGCUUACCCACCAGGCACAGCCCCUUCGGCUCCUCCGCCUCCACAAGCAGGGGGCGUCGCGGGAGUGAUAGUGGAUCCAAGGUUCUGUGCUCCGUACCCUGUGGAUCUUGCGAUCGUGCGGAAGAUGAUGAAGUUGACUGAUGGUAACUUCGUUAUAACGGACGUUAACGGGAACUUGUUGUUCAAGGUGAAGGAGCCCGUCUUUGGCCUUCACGACAAGAGGAUCUUAUUGGAUGCUUCUGGAUCUCCGGUCUUGACUUUGAAAGAGAAGAUGAUGAGCUUGCAUGACAGGUGGCAAGUAUUUAGAGGAGGGAGUACGGAGCAGAGUGAUCUGCUGUACACGGUGAAGAGAUCGUCGAUGCUUCAGUUAAAGACCAAACUUGAUGUGUUUUUGAGUCACAACAAGGACGAGAAGAGAUGCGAUUUCCGAGUCAAAGGGAGCUGGCUCGAGCGCUCUUGUGUCGUCUACGCCGGCGAAUCUGACGCCAUCGUUGCCCAAAUGCACAAGAAGCACACGGUGCAGAGCGUGUUCUUGGGAAAAGAUAAUUUCUCGGUGACGGUUUAUCCAAACGUGGAUUAUGCCUUUAUUGCCUCCCUCGUCGUCAUUCUCGAUGAUGUUAACAGAGAAGACCGCGCUGGCAGCAGCUGA